AUGAAGAACUUCGUUGUGUGUCUGGCUCUGGCUGGGGUGGGCAUCGCGGCCCCUCAAGGCUCGUCUACGUCCGCAGUAGCAGCUCCGACGGGCACGAGCUUUGCUUCCGGAUUUGACAUGACCAAGAGCUGGGCCAACCUAUCCCCGUACAAAAACGCGGAGAGCUUCGGUGUGCCAAAGGGGGUACCCCAAGGGUGCGAACUAUCCCAAGUCCAUGUCUUGCACCGCCAUGCAGAGCGGUUCCCGACCAGCAACCCGCUUGAUGGCAAGGGCAUGAGUGACUUCGCGUCGAAAUUGGCCAACUACACCAAGGAACACUCUAAGGACGUGGCCAGCGGACCACUCAAAUUCCUGAACAACUGGGAAUACGUCGUGGGCGAAGACACCCUCAUGGAGAACGGUGCCGCUACCGAGGAUACUUCGGGGGCCAACUUCUGGGUCAAGUACGGUCGGCUGCUGUAUCGCGCCGAUCGGGAUACGGUGGCCGCGUGGAAUGAGUCGCUGAACGUCUACAAGAACGGAACCGCUCGACCCAAGCCAGUCUUUCGGACCACGUCGCAGGGACGCAUUUUCGAGAGUGCAAAGUGGUGGCUCAGCGGAUUCUUCGGCAACAGCAGCGCGCAUAACUCGGAGGAUCAGUAUGAUCUGGUCGUAAUCCCCGAGGGCAACGGCUUCUUCAACAAUACUCUGGCAUCCUACGACUCCUGCCCAGGUGACCAGACCGCUGGGGACCGGUCUGCUGAGGUGUUCAUCCAAAAAUACACUAAAAACGCUAUUAGUCGGCUGUCGAGCUAUUUCUCCUCCGACUUCAACCUAACCUCUGUUGACGUGCUGGCGAUGCAAAACCUGUGCGUCUACGAACAUACCAGCCUGGGCGGCUCUUCGUUCUGCUCCCUGUUCACCGAACAGGAAUGGAAGGACUUUGCCUACAACGUGGACAUCCAGUACUACGGAAACUUUGCCUUUGGCUCUCCCACCGGUCGCGCCCAGGGGAUCGGCUAUGUCCUUGAGCUGGCGGCUCGACUGGAGGGUAAGCUGAUCCACUCCAGUGACACCAGCAUCAACUACACCUACGACAACAAUGAAAAGAAGUUCCCAUUCAACCAGCCAUUCUAUAUGGACAUGUCCCACGACGACAUCCUUCUUUCCGUCAUCACGGCUCUCGGGCUGGAACAUUUCAACCAAGGUCCCAAGGGGCUGCCAAAUGACGUGGACCACGCGCCCGCGAAACGGACCUUCACGCUGAGUGACCUGACGCCGUUCGGAGCGCGCUUCAUGUCUGAGAUCUGGACCUGCCCCAGCAACACUUCCUUCCAGUCGCUUGAUCCUAUCCUCUACGUCAACCCGAGACUGGAGAAGAAGAAUACGAAGCAGCAUAUUCGAUUUGUGCUGAAUGAUGCUCCGUUGCCGACGGACGGCCUUGUUGGCUGCAAGGACGCCAAGAAUGGGUUCUGCCCUCUGGAUGGGUUCUUGGGCAGUGUCGAUCAGUUGAAGAAGAAUGCUCAGUACCAGUUCGCCUGCUUCGGAAAGUAUCCGACCGGCGGACAAGUGGGAGAUGGCGUGCCUGAGUCGUAG